AUGUUAUUGAGAAAAUUAGUUAACCUUGCAAUUCAUUUGUUUAUUAUAGUUUUUAUCUGUAUAAUAAUAAGCAUUCUAUAUUAUAACAAAGAAUCAUUUAGCAGGUACAUCAAUGGUUCUUCAACAAAUUUAUUAGACGAGUACAAUCUAACAUCUACGAAUCAGCAACGAUUAAAACCUAAUCGCAAAUGCAAUCAUUCAUUCGAUACCAAUGCUAAUGAGAAUAACGAAGAAAAAUUUAUCACUUAUCUUCCCCAUAGUGGAUUUCAUAAUCAACGCAUUUCUUUAGAGAACGCAAUUUUUAUAGCAUGGUAUACAAAUCGCACAUUGAUUGUGCCACCAGUUAUACUCGGAACUCCAAUCUUCUGGUCACCAAAUACAUCCUUUGCCAUUCGUCUUGCGAGGUUAAACGCCACCAAAAAUUUCGAUGAUUGUCACUCUUUCCUUGCGAAUAAGAAGCAAUAUAAUCGGUGCAUUCGAGAAUAUCAAUCCUAUACAUUAUUCCCAUGGGACGAAUUAAUAGAUCUGAGUUCCAUUCGCAAUCACGUUUCGAUAAUAAAUCGACAAGAUUUCAACUCCCAAGAUCUAUAUAAAUUAAUCAACAUCACGGAUCCUGAAAAGGAAGUAUAUUACCCAGAAGAAAAAUCAAGAUAUGAUAUUCAGUUAUAUGAUCAAGAAGACGCGUUAAACCAAGAACCAAAUGUUCCGAAAUUUGAACGGCAAUUACCUAUUUGCAAUUUACUAAAUCGCAAAGAGAAAUUAGUACAUUUUUACAGCAUAUUUAGUUCUAAUAGAAUAAAAAUAAGUCUUAACGAGAAUCAAAUAUUCAGAGAAAUGAUUCAGAGAAAAUUAGUAUUUGGACAUCCGAUCUUAAUAAAUGUGACUAAAGAAAUAACGCGAAAAUUGGGUGGAUCUGAAAAAUACAUCGGACUACAUUUACGCGUCAGCGAUGGCGGAUUCGAAAUAUAUAAAAUGGAAACAGCUCAAUACAUGAUCCAAGCGAUUAAGAAUGAGGAGGGAGUCAAUCAAGAAACUGUCAAUGAAAAUAAUGAUAGUAAUGAUGGUGACGAUAACGUUAUUGACGAAUCGAGAUGCGCGAAUAACAGUCAAUAUCAUUUUAAUAAAAAAAUAUUUCUUGCUACUGAUGGUCAACCAAAAGAUCCUGCUGUUCAACAAAUUUUUACAACAUUUCCUUGCACUGUCACCAUCAAUGAUUUCUCAACUGAAUUGCAAUUAUUGACGAAUUUAAAAAAUGAAAGGGACAAAUCAUCUUUAUAUAAAUAUUUUUUACCAAUGGUGGAUCUGAUAGUAUCUGCACGUGGCAGUGAAUUCUUUGGAACUUAUGGUUCGACAUUUUCCGCUUAUGCUCUAAGAUUGCAUCAAAUAUGGGUGCCAGAUGGUACGGGAAAAAUUAUGGAUAUUAGGCAUCAAAAUUCAUAG